CACACAGACGCCACCUCUGUUUUGUCUCUGAACUUUUACAUGAACUUUGCUGUGAAGAUGGACGUGUCCCUCCAGGCUCAGAGCAAACCUCUGUCCACCCUGUCCGCCUUCAGCUACAUCCCGCCUCGACGAGGACAACCGGAGGACAUGUCCUACUUUCACCAGGAGUCCAAGGUCCCUGAAAUGUCCAUGUAUGACCGAGUGUACCACCAGGCUGAGGGUUACGAUAUGAAACUGCACCGGGACGACAGGAAACACUCUAAAGGAAGAGGACUGGACAUAAACAAGGAGGAGAAGUCCAGAGCCGUGCCGGUGCUCUCCUCUUCAGUAUACGGCCAUCGUCCCGUUCCUGCCCUCGACGAGACGGGCCGUCAGUACGUACGUGUGGCCUGUGUCAGAACCGAGUUCUUCAUGAAAAAUGGGAUUAUCUGGAAUGUGGCGGAGGGAUAUGGAUCAGUGGCCCCCCUCUAA